GAAAAGAGCUUAGACGCGAGCUGAUAGUGUCUUCGUUGAAGGCGUUCUGUGGGGAUGGAUAGCCUAGCGCCUAUUCUGUUGCUUUAUUCGCGAUCUUCAUGCAUUUUUCAGGAUGACUGCAAUGCAAGGCACAGCUAAGUGGAAGAGAGCAUGAUGCGAUGUGAUGUUAUUCGGGAGGUGUGUGUGUGUGCGCGCGCGUGCGUGUGCGGGUGUUCAAACAUGCAGUAUUUAUUUUCGUGCGGGCAAAGACAUAUCUCUUGGGGUGAACAAAAGUAUCAGGGAGUAGCGAGUGAUUUAGCCUAUUUUUCCAACAUCGAAGCAUUAACUGGGUGAGAUCGUCUUGGGGGCGUCGGUGAAAUAAACACGGAGAUUUAUCCAUUUUCGCAUUCCUAUAGGAGAUUAGGACCGUAUCGUGCGUUCGCGGCGGAGUCGCUACAACAGAGAGAGCGAGAGAGAGGAAUGACUGGUCAGCUCAUCGAUUGACAGCCCGCUUUCUUUAACCCCUCCCGCUGCUCAGCCUCAAGCCUGCUCAGAUCUCGUGGCCAACUCAUUGGCGCGAGGGACACAGUAGCCAGGGCAAGUCUAUAUAAGCCCCUGCACUUGUCCGUUGAGGGUAUCAGAAGAAACCGGAGUUUUGCAUCCAGUGUUAUCUCUGAGCCAACGGGAAUAACGCAAUUAUAACUUAAAACUUCUCACAAACACACAUUUUCUGACCAUGUCUCACGGAUGGGGAUACGGACCAAGCAACGGACCUGGAAAGUGGGUGGAAAACUUUCCCAUAGCCGACGGACCCCGGCAGUCUCCCGUCGACAUCGUGCCGGGCGAAGCACGGUUUGACAGCGCGCUGAAGGCGCUCAGCCUGAAGUACGACGCCGGCACCUCCAAAAGCAUCGUCAACAGCGGCCAUUCCUUCCAAGUGGACUUCGCUGACGACGAUGACAGCUCAAGUCUGACAGGGGGACCCAUAUCCGGGACGUACCGCUUGCGUCAGUUCCACUUCCACUGGGGCGGCGCCGACGACAGGGGCUCAGAGCACACAGUGGCUGGUACCAAGUACGCUGCAGAGCUGCACCUGGUCCACUGGAACACCAAGUACCCCAGCUUCGGCGACGCUGCCAGCCAGCCCGACGGCCUGGCCGUGGUGGGAGUCUUCCUGCAGAUUGGAAAUGCCAACGCCCGUCUGCAGACUGUUCUCGAUGCCCUGGAUGCCAUCAAGGCCAAGGGUCAGCAGACCACUUUUGAAAACUUUGACCCCACGACCUUGCUGCCCGGCUCUCUUGACUACUGGACGUACGACGGGUCCCUGACCACGCCCCCACUCCUGGAGAGCGUCACCUGGAUCGUCCUGAAGGAGCCAAUCAGCGUCAGCUCCGACCAGAUGACCAAGUUCCGCAGCCUGCUGUUCACCGCCGAGGGAGAGGAUGCGUCCUGCAUGAUGGACAACUACCGCCCCCCACAGCCGCUGAAGGGCCGCAAGGUCCGCGCGUCCUUCCAGUGAGCGCCCCCUACGGGGAGACGCAGAUGUAGCUGUCCCUGCAUUCAGCAUGACUAGUGCUCCCGGUGUCUCUGUCACACACCCCCCCCCCCGGGUCGCUCUGCUCUAAUAGGCUUCCCAGUCUCCACGGUAACGUCCCUGCCCUAUUUAUUUCACAAGACAGAUUUUCCCGGAGUCUGUGUCUGGUGCCAGUUUUACAGUUAGCUACUCAAAUCUGCGGCUCUCCGUAGGGCUCACCCGAACCAACAAAGGAGAGGAGCGAAUCGGGUCUUCAGUGCUCUCGGCGGGGAAUAGGAAAACUGACGCGGUGGAUCUGCAGCAGCGCACAGACACAGAGCUACCUCCGUCAGUCUAAUCUCUGACUGCCUGCCUGCUGCCGGGUCUCCACGGCUUAAUGAAAUGGAGUAGCUGCCAUCACAGCCGAGCGAACCUCAAAAUCCCCUCUGACACGCAAGCAUAUACACACGCAAGCACAUGCGCACACACACAAGCAUUUACGCGCGCGCACACAGACACACGCACAAGCACGUGAGCGCGCUCAGUUUUCCGCAGUGUGUGUUUGCACAGAUAAAGAUUCCUCUUCUCUUUUGUUUGUUUGUUGGUUUGUUUUUCUUAAGCUCUGUCAUUACCAGUAAUUGAACGUCUAAUUUAGUUUGGCAGCUUAUGCGAAAUAUAUGUUUGAUAUGUUUGUUUUGGAUUUUAAGCGAUUCAUAAGUAAUGUGUUAUUACAGAAGCCAUUUCAGUGCUUCAUUGUUGUCGUUACUGUUGUUGGGGGGGGGGGGCUGUAAAACUAUUCAGAAAUGAAGCUUUGUGUUGAAGCAUGUCAUUUGCACAGUCGAGGUGAAAGCGAUGCCAGGCUGGUAAAUCUUCCCAGCAGCAGACUGCAGCCUGUAGACGGACCGAGGCAUCAGGUCCUCAGAGCUGAGCUGGGGGCCUCUGAUCUGUGUUUGAAAAGCUAAGGGGCAGGGGAAUGUGUUAUUUAUGGGGUAACUUUUAAACUGUUUGAUUCUUGUGGUUAUCAAACAAUUUUUUUAAUGAUAAAAUUGAUUUUAUGCCUUAUGCAGAGAAAUGUUGUUAGGGUCACUCUAAGAGUUAAAGUCUAGCAGUUCUGCUACUUUGAAAGAGUGGACAUUUUAUCAACUGAAUAAAAUAUAUUUUAUGACA